AUGGAAAAACAGCUGAAAAUUCGGGUCGCUAACACACAAUAUGAUAUUAUAAAAUUAGUUGCCAAAGAAAUCAUGGGAUGAGAGCUAAAUGACGAUCCUAGCAGCGACGACUGAGAUAUAUGCUGGCAAGAUUAUGCAGUUACAAUCGACCAAUUCAACAAUUUAAAACCUCUCCAAAAAAUCAAUCAUUUUCCAGGGAUGUUUGCACUAGCUCGUAAGAACAAGCUUGCUUUAAAUUUACAACAAAUGAAAAUAUUUUUCGAAAAUGAGUAUAAUUUUUUCCCAAAUACCUGGCUUCUUCCUCGAGAUUUAUAUGAUUUAAAAAAUAAAGGCAAAAAUAAAACUCUGAUUGUGAAGCCUGAAGCAUCUUCUCAAGGUAAAGGAAUUUUUUUAACUAAGAGCAUUGAAGGACUUCCUGAAAAAUGUGUGGUCCAAGAGUACAUUUCCGACCCUUUUUUGAUUGAAAAUUUGAAAUUUGACUUGAGGAUCUAUGUAUUGGUUUUAGGCUGUGAUCCAUUAAGAAUCUACAUAUAUGAAGAAGGCCUAGUAAGAUUUGCGACUGAAGAAUAUAUUGAUCCUUUAAAUAGUAUAGAUAAAGUUUGCAUGCAUUUAACAAACUAUGCAAUAAACAAAAAUAAUCCCAAAUUUAUCACUGGAAAUGGUGAUGAAGGGCAUAAACGGAGUAUAAGUUGACUAUUUGGAUAUCUGGAUGAUGUUGGUCAUAACACUGAAAAGCUGUGAAAUGAUAUUAAAGACAUUGUAAUUAAAACGCUGAUUAGUGCUCAUCCGUACUUGUCAUAUAUUUAUAGAUUAUCUCAUCCUCAUGAUAUUUCAAAUUCUAUUCUGCUUAUAAUAAAAUAUGAAUAUUUUAAUAGGUGUCGCUUUUACUUUCAUAUAGAAAAUAGAUAAUUAUAUUAGUAAUAAAACAGUAUAUGUGUUUUGAAUUGCUAGGGUUUGAUAUUUUGGUAGAUUCAAGCUUAAAGCCAUGGCUUCUUGAAGUUAAUCAUACUCCAAGCUUCAAAACUGACACGCCAAUUGAUGAGCUUGUAAAACGAAUGGUUAUUCUGGACACUUUUAAUUUAAUUGGAAAGCCACCGAAUGAUAAUGAAAGAAAUGCACUUUUGCUGCAUACAAAAACGAUGCUGAAAUCUUUAUCUUUCAAUGAAAUGAAAAAAUGAAGAAAAACUGAAGAAAAUAGGUCUCAAAAACUAAACUCUAUUUUUAUAUAAUAAAAUAUUUCUUAGAUAUAAAGGAUUAUUUUAAAUUAAAAUAAAGAGAAUUUGUUUUGAAAUUAGUGUAAGAGAAAAAAUUGAACAAGAAAUUGAAGGCGGCUAUCAAAAAAUAUUUCCAAAUGAUAUUGGUGACUAUGAAAAAUUUAUCAUGGGAGCAAGGAGAGCCUGAUCUAAAAAUCAUAGCUCUUUAAAAAAAUCUGAAAAAAUAGUAGAAGAAGAGAAAAAGCCAAUUAAGAAAAAAAUCAGUUUUCCAAAGCUUAAAAAAGCAUUUUUCGAGCCUCCCAAGAUUAAGCCAAUCAAAUUACGAGAAAUGACCCCAAAGCCAUCAGUGAUGACUAUUUCUUUUUAUAAGCCUGCUCCAAAAUAUUCCCAAGCGUCUUUCUAUAGCAUCCCCAAAAAGAAACGAGCUUUUUCAGGAAAUUUUGUCAAGCCAAAAAUGGUUGAAUAUGAAGGAGAGAUGGCCCGCGAAGAAAGCAAAGGCUAUAUGAGGAUGAAAAUAAUUUCCUAUUACUUGUAA